AUGACUUCUCGUCGUGUUGUAGUUACUGGUCUUGGUUUAGUAACUCCUUUGGGUGUUGGUGUAAAUCAUGCCUGGCAAAACUUGUUGAAAAGUCAAUGUGGAAUUGUCUCAUUGUCAAAUACUCCUGGUUUUGAGUCAUUACCAGUACGCAUUGGGGCAUGUGUCCCGCAGGGACCAAAAGAGCAAGGUCAAUUCACAGCUAGUGAAUGGUUAGACAAGGGUGAUGACCGUGUAAUGGCCAAGUUCACUCAGUUUGCAAUCGCAGCUGCUCGUCAAGCAUUGGAAGAUGCAGAGUGGAAACCAAACGACGAAUCUGAGAAAGAACGAACUGGUGUUUGCAUUGGAUCCGGUAUGGGAAGUCUGGAAGAUAUUGUAGCUACUUCUGCUGCCUAUGCCGCAUCUGGCCACAGAAAGGUGUCUCCAAUGUUUGUGCCUCGUAUAUUGAUCAACAUGGCAGCUGGCCAUCUUACUAUGAAAUACGGAUUCCAAGGACCUAAUCAUGCUGUGUCUACUGCCUGCACAACAGGCGCUCAUUCUAUCGGAGAUGCUAUGCGCUUUAUUCAAUUUGAUGAUGCGGAUGUCAUGGUUGCAGGUGGUGCAGAAGCAUCGAUUCAUCCCUUGGCUAUCGCUGGAUUUGCAAGAGCAAAGUCUCUAGCUUCAGGCUUUGAAGAAAACCCAACAGAAUCUUCGAGACCCUUUGAUUCGGAUCGUGCUGGAUUUGUUAUGGGGGAAGGUGCGGGCGUGGUCGUCUUGGAAGAGCUGGAGCAUGCAAAGAAACGUGGUGCACGGAUCUAUUGUGAAUUACGAGGCUAUGGUCUCUCAGGAGAUGCCCACCAUAUGACAGCCCCGCCAUCUGAUGGAAGAGGUGCAGAAAAAUCCAUGAAAAGAGCAUUGGCCAGAGCAAAUCUGUCACCAGCUGAUAUUGAUUAUGUUAAUGCACAUGCCACUAGUACUGCUGUUGGUGAUGCUGCAGAAAACAACGCUAUUAAGCGGGUAUUUGAGGGUCAAUGGGAUAAUGUCGCCAUAUCUUCUACAAAGGGCGCCACAGGUCAUUUAUUAGGUGCUGCUGGUUCUGUCGAAGCCAUUUUCACAAUCCUCUCAAUAUACAAGAACAUUCUCCCUCCCACUCUGAACCUUCAUACACCAGGCGGACCAGACAACAAAGACUUUAAUCUCAACUAUGUACCUCUGGUUCCUCAAGAAGGCAAACCCAUCAGAGCUGCAUUGACAAACAGUUUCGGGUUUGGUGGAACAAAUGCAACAUUGUGUUUUUCAAAGGUCGAAUAA